AUGAAGAACCUUCAUUUCAAAGACUUCUUCUGGAACGCGGACCUGACCUGCACCGGCGGCGACGACGCCAUGGUCCAGUACCUGAGCGACGGCAGGAGGACCUGCAAGGAGGUGGAGGACUUCAUGAAGGCCAGGUCCGCCUCCUCUGAGAAGUAUGCCAAGGACCUGCUGGGCCUGUCCAGGAAGGUGUGUGGACACAACGAGAUGAACGUGACGGUCCAAAGCAUUGACCUGCUGAGACUCAAGACGGAGCAGGUGAGUCUGUCCCACCUGCAGCUGGCCCACAGCAUGAGGGAGGAGGCCAGGAAGCUGGAGGAGUUCCGGGAGAAGCAGAAGGAGGCCCGCAAAAAGGUGGAGCAGACGAUGGACGCGCUCCACAAGCAGAGGAGCUCUCAGUUCAGGAAGACCGCUGACUCCAAGAAGACGUACGAGCAGAAGUGUCGGGACAAAGAAGAAGCGGACCAGAACGUGAACCGGAACGCCAACAACGCCAAGCACUUGGAGAAGCUCUACUCUAAAGCGCAGCAGGCGAAGCAGAACGCAGAAGAAGUUGACAGACUGUACCAGCAGAACGUGGGCACUCUGGGGAGGAUCAGAGACGACUGGAUCAAGGAGCACAUCAAGGCCUGCGAGGUGUUUGAGAAGCAGUCGGUGGAGCGUCUGAACUUCCUGAGGAACACGGUGUGGACUCACCUCAAGCUGUCCCAGCAGUGUGUGACCAGCGACGAGCUCUACGAGGAGGUGAGGAAGUCCCUGGAGCAGUGUGACAUCCAGGAGGACAUCGAGCACUUCAUCAACCUGCGGCAGACGGGGGACAGACUGCCAGCUCCGGUCUCCUACGAGAACUUCUACAGCGGGCAGAGGUCGCCCACCGCAGCCACGCCCCCCAGACUGCCUCCCACAGCGGCCAGGCGGGGUCCUUUACCUGAUCCGACUCAACACAGCAGAGAGGACGUGGUCUACUCCUCGGUGGUGGAGCCGGGCUACAGCGUCAUCCACUACUGACCUUUGACCUGCGGCUCCUCUGCAGUCCAGCGACAGACCUGUGCUCUUUUCUUCAAACGGAGAUUAAUCUAUGCCUUCCUUCAGUCUCCAGCCUCGCCUGCUGCUGUUCUGACGUCUCCGCUCUCUAUUUCUUUGUACUUUCAUUGUUGAUUACAUGAACACAAAGUUCACCGUUCACUUGUUCAUGUUUAGAGUCUGAGCAGGAGAACACAGCGUCCCAGGACCACUGCAGGGGUCCUGUGCUUCAUUUCUGCUGAUAAAUGUGAAAGUGC